GGGGGAAUCACUAUCCCUGAACUCAAGCAGUAUUACAGAGCAAUAGUGAUAAAAACUGCAUGGUAUUGGUACAGAGACAGACAGAUAGACGAAUGGAAUAGAUUUGAAGACCCAGAAAUGAACCCACACACCUUUGGUCACUCCAGGAGUCUUCCUGAACACCUAUAUUAAGUUUUACCAUGUUCUAUGAUCUCUCCCUCCCCCUAUGUUUUGAGCCAGAUUUUAAGUCUAAUCACAUGAACAUGAAUACUAUCUGGUACAUUUUAUACUUCAACACUUUAUAAAAGUCAAUAAAAGUACUUGUGAGAUAAAUCCUCCUGCUGACAUUAUGUGUAUCUGAGUAUCCUACCAACCUAAGACAGUCAAAGAUGGUGCAGAAUUGAGGAUCCAAAGCCGGUGGACCUCUUGAUUAGAGGCUUCUCUUUCUAACCUUUGCCUUUCAAAGGGAUUCUGAUUGUCACAGAAUUAUGAGUCUUAUGGCUCACUGCUCCCAUUUUGAACUUACCACCAUGUUUCUCUUAUAGAUACACACUCUCUUAGUUGCAAACUAAAUAUCAAGACUCCUACUACACAUGAAUUGCCCUGGUAUAAAGGAGAGUGCUCAGAGGAUGAAGUGCCUUUCCUUGUAUUUGAUAAUAUAAACAAGGCCACACCUUUGAAUGACAUAGAAAAGAAGGUAAAUUACACUAUUCCAAGUACAGAAUUCACACAAAGCCUGAAAAACAUUUCAGAAGAGUUGCAGAAACAGCUAUAUAACAUGGAACCAGAGAACAGAGGUAAGUAUGGGGCACUAUGAAAUGAUAAAGGCUAUUAAUAAGCUCCAGGAAGGGUGUAGCACAUAUAAGAAGUGAGCUGUGGAUGCGUAAAAGAGCUGAACAUUGAUCAAAGCUGUAAGUACAUGGUACUUAAUGUUAAGAAACAGCAAGCCAAGAAAGUAAAGAAUAUAGGUCUCUAAAUAUGCAGAGAAAGACUUGAUCAUUGAAGGGGUUGAUGGCUAUAUAAAAGGGAAGAAGAUGAUGAUUAUGUUUGCCAUUUGCAGGACAUCGAACCUUGAAGGCCAUUAUGAUGUCUCUAUAUAAUCAAGGCCAACUCAGUAAAGCAUUCUGGGAAAUCACCUGUGGUGAAAAGCAUCACUUCAUGUUCGAUUCAAAUAGCAUUACUUGGAUUAUGCCUCCAACUGAGGACAGAGGCACCAUAGAAAAAUGGAAGACUAACAGAGAAUUAGAACAAGGUCUCUGGAAGUUCUCCAUGGGAGAUUCCCCUCACUGGUUCAAGAACUUCUUUAAAAACUGCAAGGAAAUGCCAAGAUCAACAGUAAAGGUCCCAGAUACCACCCAGCCUACAUUUGCCACCCAGAUUCCACCUACAGGGAAUAGCAUCCAAGUCAUGGCUUACCCCCAGAUUCCAUCUAUAGAAAUAAGCACCCAGCCUACAUUUACCACCCAUGGUCAAAGUAUUAUGUUUUGGGUGACUGUAGUUCUAGCAAUCUUCACUGCAUUGCCUAGGGUUGCUACAAUAGUGAAAAAAAGGUCAUAUGCUGCUUCAUGGUAAUGUGGAUCUGCAUCUCAUCUGCUGGAUCCUGGGUCCUACACCUCACCUCUGCAGUUCACUCAGUCCUGAGGCCUGGUGCAGCCCUGCAGCUCUUCAGUUCUCCACAAACUUCCUUAACCUCUAAUCACCUGCAUUGAGUCUGUGUGAUGAGAAUCCCUCUGUCUCUACCUCAAGUCUAGACUCUGUGAACGCUAAUGGCAACUCCUUCACUCUUUAAAGACAUUCUGUGAUCUAAGUACAUAUGAUAACUUUGUGGUGUUCAAUGUGAUAUCAGAGUUUAUAUUAGUAAUUAACACUAGAGUAAAAAACCCAUGUUGGCUAGGUACCAGUUGUCAAAGAUAAUUAGGACUACUUGGCAAUUACAGCCAGUGAAUUGGAUGGAGCUGGUAAAUUAAGACAAAUAUGUGAACGUGUGUUUUCCUGGCAAAGCUCACUGAUUCGGAAUUUCACAUAUAUAUAAUAUAAAAAUUCAGUGAGCAAAUAGUCUAUUGGCAAAGAAGUUGGAAAUACACAAAUAUUUUUCAAACAAAUGAAAUGUCUAAUGAUAGAAAAUUCAGCAUCCUUCCAAAACCCUGGUCAACAGAGACAAAGUUUGCUCCACUGACCCAAUGCCUGCCUCAUACUGCAGUGCAACCUCACACCGUUCAGGAUGAGAUGUGACCAAGGUGUUAGAAACAGCCUCUCAGGAGGAGUGGGUUAGCAAAUUUAAUUGUAAGACAGAAAAUAAAAGCAAACA